AUGCGAACGCAUCCCGAUUUGGUCGGCUUAAGCCGUACCAUCAGUACGCUGCUUCUUCCGAUGAAGAACGCCCUUGCGCUCAAGCAUCUCGCAGAGAGCCUUGUGCUCCCGAUGGUGGGCAUCAACAAGGGUCUGAAGAGCAGUUAUCUCAUCCCGAGACCGAUCAACAAUCCCACGAGCUACCCUUAG